AUGGCUCCAUCGCCAGCUACGGUUGAAGAAAGGGCUGUUGACACAUCUAGUGGCAUUGUCCAAGCAAAGCCUAAACGAAGAUGGGUUAGCUACGUCUGGGAUACUUUCGACAAGUCUCCUGAGGAGCGCAGACUGCUCUUUAAACUGGAUUCAGCUAUUUUGACUUUUGCGUCGCUUGGUUACUUUAUCAAGUAUCUCGACCAAAUCAACAUCAACAAUGCCUUCGUUUCCGGAAUGAAGGAAGACCUUGGUCUAUACGGCAAUCAGCUCAACUACAUGCAAGCAUGCUGGACAGUGGGCUAUGUUAUUGGUGAAAUCCCAAGUAACAUGCUUUUGACACGCAUACGGCCCAGAUAUUGGAUUCCGGCCAUGGAGUUGCUAUGGACCGUACUUACGUUUGCUCUGUCGCGGAGUACCAACGCGACGCAUUUUUAUGUUUUGCGCUUCUUCAUCGGCCUUGCCGAGAGUAGUUUCUACCCCGGAAUGCAGUACAUCAUCGGAUCAUGGUAUCGUAAAGACGAGCUCGCAAAGCGAUCAUGUAUCUUCCACACUAGUAGCGGAAUUGCAAGUAUGUUCUCUGGGUACCUGAUGGACGCGGUGUUCCAUCUCGGCGGACGGGGAGGGUUGAAGGGCUGGCAAUGGCUCUUCUUGAUCGACGGAAUCAUAUCAAUUCCAGUGGCCAUCAGCGGCUUCUUCAUCUUGCCGGACGUCCCCGAAAUCUCAAGUCCGUUUUAUCUGAGCGAGCAGGAAGUCAAGCUAGCGCAGAAACGGAUGCAAUUUGAAGGACGGAAAGACAGAGAACCGUACACGAAAUCCAAAUUGAAAAAGAUCUUUUCGUCGUGGCAUAUCUACUUGCUCACGAUCGUAUACAUUACAUUUAACAACGGAGCAGCAGGCAGUCAGCCCGUCUUUCAACAAUACCUCAAAGACUCCACCAACCCUGUAUACUCUGUUGGGCAAAUCAACGCCUACCCGACCACCACAAACGCUGUGCAGGUCGUCACGACCCUCAUCUACGCAUGGACAUCCGACACAAUCCUCCAAGGCCGACGCUGGCCCUGCAUAAUUAUCGGAGCUUGCAUAAACAUAAUCUGCUACGUCUCCCUAGCAGUCUGGAACAUCCCCACAGGCUGGAAAUGGACCUGCUACAUCCUCUCCGGCGCAGGCUAUGGCCUGAGCGGACUAUGCAUGGCAUGGGCCCACGAAAUCUGCACCGACGACAACGAAGAGCGCGCGCUCGUAGUCGGCAGCAUGAAUGAAAUGGCGUACGUGUUUCAAGCGUGGUUACCGCUGGUGGUGUGGCAGCAGGUGGAUGCCCCACAGUACCGGAAGGGGUUUAUUACCGUGACGAUUAUGUCUGUUAUUUUGAUUAUUUCGACGGUGAUUACGUGGAGGUUGCAGGUUUGGGAGGGGAAGAGGCCGAAAGUGGUUCAAGCCGAGGGGGUGGAUGGUGGGAGAAGUGAGAGUGAGGGGGAUGAUUCUAGUCGUGAUGAUGGGCGUGUGGAAGGGAUAGAUGGGGGGCAGGUGCGGAAGGUUUAG